CUACGAGACAACUUCGGAGCCGGAGCCGGAGCCCGGGGCUGGGAGACGCGGACGCCGCAGCCUCCGGACCCCGGACCCCUCGGGACCGGCCGGAGGCGAAGGACGAGGCCCCACUGAGGCGGUGGGCCGCACCGCCCGGCUCCCUCGGCCGCCGCCUCCCGGAACAGAAGAUGCACUCCAGGAGCUGUCUGCCAUCUCUCCUGCUGUUGUCCCUGCUGCUCCUGGCGUCUGGAGUCCAGGGCUGCCCGUCCGGCUGUCAGUGCAGCCAGCCACAGACAGUGUUCUGUACUGCCCGCCAGGGAACCACGGUGCCCCGAGACGUGCCCCCCGACACAGUGGGCCUGUACAUCUUUGAGAACGGCAUCACCACACUUGAUGUGGGCAGUUUUGCUGGCCUGCCUGGCCUGCAGCUCCUGGACUUGUCACAGAACCAGAUCACUAGCCUGCCUGGUGGCAUCUUCCAGCCACUUGUUAACCUCAGUAACCUGGACCUGACUGCCAACAAACUGCAUGAGAUCUCCAAUGAGACCUUCCGCGGCCUGCGACGCCUUGAGCGCCUCUACCUGGGCAAGAACCGCAUUCGCCACAUCCAGCCUGGCGCCUUUGACGCCCUUGACCACCUCCUGGAGCUCAAGUUGCAGGACAAUGAGCUUCGGGUGCUGCCUCCAUUGCAUCUGCCCCGCCUGCUGCUGCUCGACCUCAGCUACAACAACAUCCCAGCCCUGGAAUCCGGGGUUCUGGAUACUGCCAACGUGGAGGCACUGAGGUUGGCUGGCCUGGGGCUGCGGCAGCUGGAUGAGGGGCUUUUUGGCCGCCUGCGCAACCUCCACGACCUGGAUGUUUCUGACAACCAGUUGGAGCACAUGCCACCUGUGAUCCAAGGCCUGCGUGGCCUGACGCGCCUUCGACUAGCCGGCAAUACCCGCAUUGCCCAUUUGCGGCCCGAGGACCUGGCCGGCCUGACCGCCCUGCAGGAACUGGAUGUGAGCAACCUGAGCCUGCAGGUCCUGCCCAGUGACCUCUCAAAUCUCUUUCCCCGCCUGCGCCUCCUAGCAGCCGCCCGAAACCCCUUCAACUGCGUGUGCCCCUUGAGCUGGUUUGGGCCUUGGGUGCGUGAGAGCCACGUGGUGCUGGCCAGCCCUGAGGAGACGCGCUGCCACUUCCCACCCAAGAAUGCUGGCCGGCUGCUCCUGGACCUGGAUUAUGCGGAUUUUGGCUGCCCAGUCACCACUACCACAGCCACGGCCCCGACUGUAAGGCCUACUAUCAGGGAGUCCACACCCUCGCCUUCUAGCCGAGGUCCCACAUGGCCCAGCCUCACAGAACCAACUACCCAGGCCUCCAUCUCACCAUCCACGGCCCCACCAACCAUGAGGCCUGCUCCUCAGCCCCAGGACUGCCCAGCAUCCACCUGCCUGAAUGGUGGGACCUGCCGCGUGGGGGCCAGACACCACCGGGAGUGCCUGUGCCCCGAGGGCUUCAUUGGGCUGUACUGUGAGAGUCCAGUGGGGCGCGGGAUGAAGCCCAGCUCCACACCAGACACGCCGAGGCCCCCGAGGCCCCUGCCUCUCAGCAUUGAGCCCGUGAGCCCCACCUCCGUGCGUGUGGGGCUGCAGCGCUACCUGCAGGGCGACACGGUACAGCUCCGCAGCCUCCGCCUCACCUACCGGAACUUGUCCGGCCCCGACAAGCGGCUGGUGACCUUGCGGCUGCCUGCUUCCCUGGCAGAGUACACGGUCACUCAGCUGCGGCCCAACGCCACCUACUCCAUCUGUGUCACACCCCUGGGAGCCGGGCGGACACCCGAAGGUGAGGAGGCCUGUGGGGAGGCCAGCACCCCCCAGGCGGUCCGCUCCAAUCACGCCCCAGUCACCCAGGCCCGCGAGGGCAAUCUGCCGCUCCUUAUCGCGCCUGCCCUGGCCGCUGUCCUUCUGGCUGUGUUGGCCGCUGCAGGAGCCGCCUACUGUGUGCGGCGGGGGAGGGCAACGGCUGCGGCGGAGGACAAAGGGCAGGUGGGACCAGGGACUGGGCCCCUGGAACUAGAGGGGGUGAAAGCCCCCUUGGAGCCAAGCUCUAAGGCAACAGAGGGAGGUGGAGAGGUCCUGUCAGGUGGUCCUGAAUGUGAGGUGCCCCUUAUGGGCUACCCAGGGCCCAGCCUUCAGGGGGCCCUCCCCGCUAAGCACUACAUCUAAGCCAGGAGAGAGAGAGAGAGAGAGAGCAGCCAGGAGGCCAGGCUUUCAGUCACCAGCCUCCUGCCGCCACACGCCACACUGAGCAAGUUCUCAAUAUGCAGCACAGGGCAUCUGCAUGACGGCGGGCGCCGUGGGAGAGCAGCCAGCCCCUGACCCUCUGGGCUGGAUCGCAUCUGUGAGCUGCUACAGCCCAGAUGACCUGUCACAGCCAGCAGCGUGUCCCAUACAGACACCGCUGUCUUCUGCAGUGUGCAAUCCUGGGGUGUGAGCCCUGCCAUGUGCUGGUAACGUGGCUAGGCGUGUCGGGCUCCCCAGGCCAUGGAGUCUGGUGACUGGUGAAGGAAGCCCCCAGAAGCAGUGGGUGGGGAAGGCACUGUGCCUGUGGCCUCGGCCCCAAAAGUGCAGGAACACUUGAAACUGGAAAGGAAGGUGCUCGGGGCACACAUGGAUUAGUUUUGUUCUUUCUUUUUUAAAUGUAUUUAUAAAAGAUCUUUUCCCGUUUAUGCUGGGAAAGUGUUUUUCAAACUCAGUGACAAGGACUUUGGUUUUUGUAAGACUAUUGAUGAUAUGAAGGCCUUUUGUAAGAAAAUAAAAAAUAAAAUGAAUUGACUGUC